AUGGGAGAGGCCGGAGGCAGUUUAAAUAAUAUUCGUGAAUGUUUAAAAUAUGAACACCAGUGCCAAAUGAAUGAUGUUGAUAUACUUGUACAUCAUGCUGAAGCGUAUAUUCUCGAUGAACAAUACGAUCAAGCGUUAAAAGAUUAUCAAAAAGCUCAUAAAAAACCAGAAAAAUUGUUUAUUGAUACAGCAGCAGCCAAAGAAAUACUCACUGAUUCAGAAAAGCAUGCUAAAUUUGAUAAUGGUGAAGAUCUGUUGAAUGCUGAAGAACAAGCACAACAAGGUGGUUUUAAUCCAUUUGGUGGAGGAAACGGUGGUGGUUUCACCUUUCGAUUUCAUUUUAAUUAG